GUAUAUUUCUUAUGAACUAUUUCCCUUGUCCCACUCAUAAUGGACACAUGCUUUCCAUCGUAUGUGCUGAUAAAUCAUGCAAUGAAACUGUAUUAAUUUGUCGUAAUUCUACUUCAUUAAACCAAAGCUCUGUGUGAACAUGCAGAUCAUCAGAAUCAUCAAACAUUGCCUCUCAAAAUCAUGUUGCAAUCAGUUGAGUCUGCAAAUAAUAACACCAGUGAAUAAAGUGCUUAUAGCAUCCUAGACGUGUCUCUCUUUCUAGAUAGAUCACAUAGUGAGUGUUUGCGAACUGUAUGCAUAUCUAAUUCUAAACAACUAGGUCCAAAAAUUCAACGAGUCCUUGGAGAAUACUUCAAAAUAGUUAAUGAAGAAGAUAGAUUCCUAUUACUUGGAUCUCAAAAAUCAACUUAAAGCUUUCGCAAAUUCAAAGAUCCCAAUACAUUAUCUUCUGGACUUAGUCAACAGCUACACCGAUUUCCCACAAUACAAAAAGAAUAUUCAGUACUCAAAUUCAUUAUAUAGAUAAAUUCUGGACUAAUUCGCAUUCAGCAAUGGAAUUGCUAGUAGGCAAAGUAUUGACUCUGCAAUUAUGAAUGCAUGCAAAACUCAAUUCGGAUAAUUGAAUGACUAAUUGAUAGAAUUGCAAAAUGAAUUUGAUGGGAAAGUGGACAAUUUGAGUAAUUUGUUUAAGGCACAACCCAUCGCUGCAGUUGAUUUAGUGCAAUCAAUUUCAUUUUAAUUUUCUCCUCAAUUUAAGGGUGCCAACAUAACAAUCUCAGGACAAAACUUGAUUGCUGAAUAAAAGACUUCUGAAUCCAAUGGACAGAGAUUUACUAUUUGCGAACCAUGCAUUCCUAAGAGUGGAGUCUACAAAUUCGGUUUCAAAGUUAUUAAAUAUGCUGGUUGGAUUGGAGUGGGUGUUUGUCAUAGAGAAGUGAUAGUAAGUGCUAAUUAUAAGUUCAACUAUACUAAUAUUGGUCAUGGGUAAUGUCAUGCUUCUAUUUUAGGUCCUAUCUCAUAUCGAACAAUUCAUACUCAUGGUCACACUUGUAGAAAGACUUGAAUUCUGCUCAUAAGUCGUUUGAUUUUGGAGUUGGAGACAUCAUCGUAAUAGAAGUUGAUAUCCCAAAAAAGAAAAUCACUUGGUAAAAGAAGAAAACCUAGAUUAAAUUUGUAAUAACUAACAUUUAAAUAGACAAUGAAUUUGGACACUAGUUAAGAUUUAUAUCCAUGUGCUAAUCUGUGUAGUCCUGGAGAUACUGUAGAAUUAAUAAACAAGAUUGAAGCUUGAUAUAUCUGUGUUAAUUUACAAUCAAUUAAGC